CGUUACUUCCCUUACACAAGAUCUCCAAAGACCACAGAGCAUUAGAGGGAAAGUAAUGCUUCCAGAUUUAGAUGCACCGUCUGCUCUGUAAACCUGCUGGAUCUUCACUGAAAAGCGGAAGAAAUUAAAAUGCUCAAACUGAAACGAAGAAGACAAAGUCUUUUCCCAAACUAUAAAAUUGGAGGGUCCACUGCAGCUGCUCAAGAUUCUGAGGAGGGUGACCAAAGUGUACCUUUUGCCAAGGACAGGAGUGUGAAGCAAUGGAAUUCCAUGCAAGAGUUAAGUCAUGAUAUAUAUGAUAUUUAUGCCAAUUAUGAGGACUCUGGUGAUGACGAAAAACCCUCUUUCCCUGCAUCAAAGCUCAGCUCACCUGCUAAGAACUAUAUGCUCAACAUCAAUGUUGGUGGGAAAACAUACCAGAUCGCCUACAGAGUAGCGGCUAGGUAUCCAAAGACUAGAAUUGGGCGGCUGGCUACCUAUACAGACCACAACAGGAAACUAGACCUUUGUGACGACUACAUUGUGCAGAAUAAUGAAUACUUCUUUGACAGAGAUCCAGACAUUUUCCACCAUGUGUUUAACUUCUACAGGACUGGAGUCCUUUGGAUAAAAGAUGAACUGUGCCCCCGAAACUUCCUGGAAGAAAUUAACUACUGGGGGGUGAGAAUUAAGAACACCCAUCGGUGCUGCCGAAUUUCCUUUGAGGAAAGGCAAGAUGAACUCAAUGAGCAGCUUAAAGUCCAGAGGGAACUCCAAGCAGAAGUGGAGAUGGAGGAAAAUGAAGAGCUUUUCCAAGACAUGGCUUUUGGCAAACAAAGGAGAAAGAUUUGGAACUUAAUGGAGAAACCAUUUUCUUCAGUUACUGCAAAGCUCAUGGCUGUGGCAUCCAGCUUCUUUGUCUUGGUAUCCCUUGUUGCCAUGACUCUAAACACAGUAGAGGAAAUGCAAUACAGAACCCACACAGGGCAGUUGAGUGGCAAAACCUACCUUGAGUUUGUAGAGACUUUUUGCAUAGCCUUCUUCACUAUGGAGUACCUGCUGAGGUUGGCGUCCACUCCAGAUCUGAAACGGUUUGCCAAAAGCGUUCUGAACGCGGUCGAUUUGAUCGCCAUCCUCCCACUUUAUCUACAGGUCUUCCUGGAAUGCUUUGUAAACGAGGACUAUGGGAAGCACGAUCAGGACAUAGAAACUGUGGGGAGGGUGGGAAAGGUUGGCCAAGUCCUUAGAAUCAUGCGGCUCAUGAGGAUCUUUAGGAUUUUGAAACUGGCACGGCAUUCGACUGGGCUAAGAGCUUUUGGUUUCACUUUGAGGCAAUGCUACCAGCAAGUGGGCUGCCUCUUUCUCUUCAUUGCCAUGGGCAUUUUUACCUUCUCAGCCAUGGUCUACUCAGUGGAGCACGAUGUCCAUGAGACGAACUUCACCAGCAUUCCUCAUGCAUGGUGGUGGGCUGCUGUGAGCAUUUCUACAGUAGGAUAUGGAGACAUGUUCCCCGAGACCCAUCUUGGGAGAAUUUUUGCUUUUGCCUGUAUCUCCUUCGGGAUUAUCCUCAAUGGAAUGCCCAUCUCUAUCCUCUACAACAAGUUCUCGGAUUACUACGCCAAACUGAAGGCGCACGAGUACACUUCCAAUCUGAAGCACAGAGGGAAAGUGAAAUUUACUAAAAGAGCUGCCAAGAAGAUUACAGAGUGUUGUGGGGACCAAACUCAUAGAUGAUAUGAUGCUUUUUUUGCUGUUCAGAAGACUUAUUACAUCAGCGAAUAUGACUGAGACAUGUGGUAUUAAUAACAAGUUUGGAAAAUUAGAAACAGUACCUGGAAAGCUUUAAAUUUGUCAAUGGAAAAAAAAUCAAAUGUUUAAAUAUUUUAAAAUGUCCUCCAGUAUAGUAAAGACAUUCAAGCAGAGUACUGUAAGAUUUUGGCUUACAUGACAUGACAUUACAUACAUGACAAAGCAUAAAAUCAUAUUUCUCAGAGUACAUAUUUAAAAAAACAAAACAGGAGGACAAGAUCACAUUUUUACAAAAAUGUAGUGUACACCAGCAGUUUCCAUCUGAAAUAUUAAGCACACUUAUUGUACUGAGUUGCUAUCAGAACAACACUUUUCAUGUAACAACUUGAUUCCAACGUCUUGGAAUGCUCUUUUAGCAGCAAUUACAUAUUUCCAAGGUUAAUGCAACUGUGAAAUCUGUGCUGUGAAAGGAAAAAUAAAUUGUCAGUGUUACUAACCGAACUAUGGCUAUGAAAUUAAAAGAGAGCUUGAGGCGCUCAAAUUACUCAUUGCUCAGCUGCGUUUAUAGAUUACAUUUUCUUUUGAAAUCCAAAAACCGCUCAAAGCACCACUUCCAUGCAUGUAAUAAAAAGUCUGUAAAAAUA